AGGAACUUGCUGAAUGGGUUCGAGCUUUACGUGACAAAUUAAAACCAGUUAGCCAUAUUAUGAUACAAAAUAAAGUUGUAUCAUUAGCAAAAUCUCCAAAAUAUAUUCUUUACUAUUCUAAUAUCAAUAAUUUUAAGUGGAGUAACAAGUGGCUUGAUGGUUUUUUACGACAUAAUAAUUUUAGUAACUGUCAUAAAACAACUGUUGUGCAAAAAUUACCAGCAGAAUUAGAAACACAACGGCAAGAAUUUCUUAAUUUUGUUCAAUAUCGCCGUAUUCAAUAUGAUUAUCUGUUACAAUUAAUGGGCAAUAUGGACGAGACUCCUCUUUCUUUUGAUAUGCCAAGAACCACGAAAUUACCUCCAAUGAUCAUUUUUAAGUUAAAAAAUAUUCCACGGCUUGAGUUUCCAUCAGGUGUAGUUAUUAGAGCUAAUGCAAGUGGAUGGAUGAAUGAAAUGGAAAUGAGUUUUUGGAUAGAUAAGAUUUGGCAAAAUCGUAUACCAAAUUCUGAGAAUUCACAGUCACUUUUA